AUGCAUUCUCAGAUCUUCUCAAGCGUGGCAUUUCUCUUAUUAGCUGCCCUCGCAAACGCCCAGUACGAGGACCCAGAGCACCCAUACACCCCCCCCCCCAACCUCAACCGAUCGCCGCUCGCCAUGCCCAGCGCUCAACAUCCUCGCCAACCACGGCUACAUCAACCGCGACGGCGCCUUCAUCUCAAGCGAAAGCGCCACGGUAGCCCAGAUGGAAGCCUUCAACUUCUCCCGCGCCGUGUCAGCGGGUCCUGUCCCCGCGGCGCUGAAGUACUCCACCACAGGUUGCCUGACGAACUCGUUACAUGGAAGCAAGCUGCCGAGGCUGGUGCUGCGAGACUCGAGGAUGCAAGGAAGGAGACUCCAGAGUUUGUGCUUGAUGACUCUGGUGUCGCGGCUACGAUUGAGCAGAUGAGUGGUCUUCUGGCUGCCCUUGGAGGGAGUGUUGAGGAUGGGAAGGCGAGGAGGGACUGGAUCAAUGCUAGUUUCGUGGAAGAGAGAUUGCCAUGGGCUCUUGGCUGGAGGACGAGCGAGACAGUGCUUGAGGGGGCAGCGUUUGGCCCGAUGGCCAAGGCCUUGAGGGAGUAUGCGCCGGGUGGUGUUUGA